AUGUUCACUGUGACUAAGGCCUUCAAAGAGGCCCUUCUUCAGCACUUCAUAUACCAGAAGCUGGAGAUCUCCUAUGCCAUACACAAGCCAUUUCCCUUCUUUGAAGGUCUCCGAGACAAGUCUCUCAUCACUGACAGAAUGUACAAGGAAUCUCUGGAAGCCUGUCAAAAUAUGGUCCCUGUAUCAAGAGUGGUGCACAACGUCCUCACCAACCUGGAGAGAACAUUUGACCUGUCGCUUCUGGUGGUGUUGUUCAGCUCCAUUAACCUGCGGGAAUACCCCAAUCUAGUGACAAUUCUCAGGAGCUUCAGAAGUGCGGCCAAUGACAAGUUCACAUCCAAAACAAAUGAUGACGAAGAUUCAGAAGAGAAGCCCAGCCCCUCACCUGGUCGUCUGCAAGUGAUAAGAGAAGAUUCUCCUGAACCAAAUGGCCCAGAAGAGGCCCAGAAGGUAUCUGGCGCACCUCCAAACAAGAAAGGAAAGAAAAUACAAAGAAGUGUCUUGUCAACUCCAAAAAAGAGACAUCAGAACAAAGACCUUCUAAGAGGGGCAUUCUCCCCUCCACAUGGAACCCAAGAGAAGCUCCAAGUGGUAGAUCAGGUGACUCAAAUGAAGGACGACUCAAAAAAACAGUCAGUCAAAGGUGACAUGAGUCCAAAAGUUUCAGAAAGGCCUGAGGACGAACUCGGGGGCUUGCACUCUCCUGAACUUCCCGUGACCUGUGGGGAGGCAAAAGGCAUUUUAUACAAGGAGAAGAUGGCACAAGGACCCUCAGAGAAGUGCAUUCAGAAUGAAGAGGGAGCUUGGUUCACGCCAAGAGAAUUUGAAGUUGCUGGGAACCGGGCCCAGUCAAAGAACUGGAAGCGGAGUGUGCUCUGCAGGGGACAGACCCUAGGACAGCUGCUAGAGAAAGGACUUCUGCUCUGCCCUUCAAGAGUAGGUCUCCUGGAGCAGGAGGAAGGCGGGAGUGCUGCCUGUGGGCGAGACACCACCACAGGGCAGGGAGGCCAGGGGCCUGUCCUCACCCAGUCCCUGAUGAGUAGCGCCUGCCGUGAGGGCACCCGGGGCAGCAACCAGGACCCGGGACAGGAGAAGCAGGUGGGCAGAAGUCCACGUCGUGACUGGGCACAGCACUCCGGCCGUAUUGGUGGCGGAGGCAUUUGCAAAGGGGGCAGUAGAGGCAGCAUCCAUGGCAGUGGUGGUGGCACCUCCCCCAGUGAACCGGUCCCUUUCCCAUCCGGGAGCGCAGGGCCCAGGAGCAGGGCCCUGGGCAACGUGCAGAGCGUGGACAGCUUGGAGAGCGAGAAGCAGAUGGACUGCCCGGCCCUACCCCCGGGAUGGAAGAGGCAGGAAGUGAUACGGAAAUCUGGGCUCAGUGCUGGCAAGAGUGACGUCUACUACUUCAGUCCAAGCGGGAAGAAGUUCCGAAGUAAGGUCGAGCUGGCAAGGUUCCUGGGAAAUACUGUUGAUCUCAGCAAUUUUGACUUCAGAACUGGAAGGAUGAUGCCUAGUAAAUUGCAGAGCCACGGACUGCAAAAGGCCCGCAUCCAGCUUUGCCUGGACCAUGCUUCUACACCUCCCCGCUGUCUGGUGAACACCUAGUCAUCCACCCGGCUCCACUGGGCCCACCUCUGCACAGCCUGCCCUGCGGACUCCAGCCGGAACCCAUCCUGUCCCAUAAUGCCUCCUGGGGCUCUGACCAUGUACCCAGUGUUUUUGUGA